AUGUCAAGUAACCGUUCUGCUCUGCUUUUAAGACACUUUGCUCUACGUAAUGUAAUCCCGUUUGGCAGUCGAAGCUUAACGAAUAAAAAAGAAGAUAUAUGUACUCAUACAGGACAAAAAUGGGACUCUGAUGAUUACAGGCUUGCAAGGUUCAUGAAUGCUCCAAAGCAUGUUAAUCACAACUGGGCAAUUAAUUUAAUUGCUGAAGUACCACCAAAAGAAGUAACCGAAAGAGUUGUAUGGUGUGAUGGAGGAAGUGGACCAGAAGGCCACCCACGAGUUUAUAUUAAUUUGGAUAAACCUGGAAACCAUGCUUGUGGAUAUUGUGGAUUACGUUUUGUAAAAAAAGGUCACCAUUAA